GCACGAGAUAAGACUCUCACGAGCAAAUGUUGAAUGCCACCUUUAAUAUGUCCGAGUUCGAGGUGCCUCCGCCACGACUGCCGGUACCUCUCACAACGUUCCCGGAUGUGGCUCCUGACUCCGUUGUGUUGCUGCAAGAUCAAUUGCAUUUGUGUUUGAUCAACAGUGACCCGUCCGAGUGCAACCAAAACCUUUCUACCUAUAUCAAAUGUGUGGCCGAAAAAAUGGCCUUUACUGCUGAAGGCACAAACUACCAUCAACUAUCAGUCUAUGCAAUGAAGCUCAUCACCCUGAACUUGUUUAUCCGCAACUACAAAUUGUGUAUAGGCAAAUUACUAGCAUUACUAACGGUGUUCACAAAUGUCAAGAACUUUGAGGUACAAACUGGUGCAGUACAGACCUGCGACGAUGACGACCGAAUGAAAGAGUUUGUGUGCAUUGUGUUCUUUCUCCUUUUGAAGUUUAAGAAUUCCGAAGACGAAGAACCAGAUAUGAAGGAGUUCAACGAUGUUGUGGAUGCGGUGGAGCUAUUUGACACCCUCCGUGACUGUUCAUUGAUAGCUGUUGUUGCCAACUUCAUAACUUGUCAUAUCCAGAACACAAAAACCUCCUUUGUGUUGCUCAAAGUGUGCUGCGACUCAAUCUUCGAGUAUCUCUUCCACGUGGAAUUGCUCUGCGACCAAGAAUUCGAUGAUUUGGUGGCUCGUUCGAGUCUCAUUGCUACAAUAAUUGACGACUUGCUCAACAAUAAGUCAUUCCACAAUUAUGAUAUAAAUGACUUGGAAUGGGAAGACGAAGACAAACUAAUUGCGUACGAGGAGUUCAAGCUUCUUUUGCUCAUCAAUGAGCAAUACUUGAUGAAAUCAUAUUCAAGCCCAGGAAUCAGAAACAAAGUGUUCGAUGGGUUAAUGAGCGAGAGUUUGGAAGAAGGAAGUGAGUCAGUGAACUCAAAGAUAUCUGGGUUCUUGAAUGUUUUGGUCUACCAUAUAAACCGUGAAGAAUCCCAAAUCAUCAAGAUUCUUAUUCUCAAGUUCUUGUACCUUGUGUUCACGUCUUCGUACACAUCGAAAUUGUACUACUUGAAUGACCUCAAGAUCUUGAUGGACAUUUUCAUCAGAGAAUUGGAAGAUAUUGAGUACAUGGAAGAAGAAAAUGCUGAAAACCGGAUCUUAGUGCUCACGUACUUGAAGGUUAUGUAUCCCAUGACGAGGUUUUCUCAAAUGGCAGACCUUGUUGAUGGAUACCGGAGACUGGAUAUCGUCGCCAUGCUCCUGAAUAUUGUGCUGAACAUAUCUGCUUCUCUGGAAGAAGAUCAGAUAUCUCAGCUGCUCAAACAAAUAUCCGAUUUGGCAUCUAAAUGCAUGUCGGUUCCUUGGUUGAAGAAGAAGAAUAGAAACAUUAUCCCUAACUCUCAAGCAAACUCGUCGUCAUCGUCUUUGAACUCUUCCAGUUCCUUAUCAAGACCAAUACUUCACAAGACCAGUUCUUCAACCGAAUCAAUUGCGAACUCGUUCACCAGAGUAGCUUCGGUAAGGACGUACACGAGAAAUGAUUACCAUUUGCAUACCACAAAACAUAACAUAGAUCAGAAUGAUUGGAGUGGAAACCUUGCCCAGGAGAACAAUCAUAAUAUGUUUCUUCAAGGCUUUAAUUCUCUUGGCCUUAGCCAGGCACCAUCUGAAGUUGGCCAGGAACCACAAAAACGACAAUCUAAUAUCCUUGACCUUCCCAAUGAAUACUUGUCUGCUAUUCCAGAUGUUAAUGACAAGCACUCAAGAUUACUCCAAAAGGCAAUGAGAAAAAGAGCUCCGCCUCCACCACAAUCUCCACGCUUUUGUGCAUCACCUAUUCCCUCGGCCCUAUCUUCACCUUCCCUUGCUACACGAAGUGGACCACCACCACCACCACCACCUAGGAGGAGACACUGAAUGUUGAGCAUUCUACAAGCUUACAGACUAAUAACAUUUAAUACGUUUCAUUAAUAUGUAAUUUACAUGGUGAUGUCGUCCUUGAACGUUAACACAUCAUCGAACCUUAAUCCGUUGAUCUCUGUUUUAGUGUAAACAUCCAAUUCUUUGGAGGAAAAAAUCUUUUCAUCUUCUUCGUGUGUAUCAUUUGUGGCUACUAAAAUAAGCCCUCUGGAUCUGAUCAAUGGCAUUAACUUGGGAACAAGUCGUAAAAGAUGAAUUGACGUUAUCAACCCAAUAAGGUUAUUGUUCACAGCAAAGUUGACAGCAUGUUUGAUGGACUUGGAAGUUUGUUCUUGAUCGUUCUCAAUCAAUUUAUCAGGAUCAGCAUUCUUGACGUGAAUUUCUGCAUCAUCAUCCUUUUCAUCAAAACUCGAGUAUUCACUACUGUCGUCACCCGAAUCUGGAAGUAAGAAGCCAUUGGUAGAUUUAACUUCAAAAGUUUUCAACGUAUCGUUAAACGAGAUACUAUUCAUGGCCAAAAACACGGGGAAAUUAGGUUGCUUCCAGUUCAAAAUCUUACAGAUCAAGGAGUUGGAUGAAAUGAAGAUGACAGAUCUGCUGGGUUUAUUAUUAGCUCUCAAGGACCUCAAAUGAUUGAAGAUAUCAUUCAAGGUGUAAUCAAUGAAACUGUUCAAGGUCAGUGAUACAUUGGCUGCAAAUGGCAAAUUUCUAAUUUCGUACUCGGACGGAAAUAUGAUUUCGAUGUUCAAGUUGAUCUCGACAUCAAUAAUUUGCAACACUAACUCCAAUGGUAAAU